AUUGGUGAGACACUUGCGGGUGAAGACUGGGACUGGCUCAGGUGCUCUAAAGAAGAAGCUACUUUUUUUAUUGAAAGUUUCAGUGAAAGUCAAAAUGCUGAGCAAAUGGCAAUGACUCUUUGUUCCUUCAUCCCAUUUCCACUGACUGUAGAAAUUAGGAACUUAGAUAGAGUGGGUGAAAAGAGAGAUGAAACUAUUCAUGCAAACUUUCUGAUGGUCGUAGAAGCCUGCAGGAAUUUUUCCCAAGUACAGCACCCUGUUCAUCUUACCAUUGAAACUGUACACCCCGAUGUGCUUCCAGAGGAGGACGAAGAAAUGGUUUCAAAAUUCCUAGUUUCCUGUCCAAAGCUACAAACAUUCUCCCUUCUUGCAUCUAGCUUGUCACAGUCACGAACACCUACUACUUUGUUCGAAGGACUUUCUGGAAACUCAACUAUAUCUUCCUUUACUUUUAGAGCAACAUCUAGUAUCUCUUUGGUUUGGGCUGAUAUGAUUGGUAACAGUUUGGCUGCUAAUAAGACCUUAACAACUGUAACAUUCGAAUUGAUAAAUGAGUGUGACGAGGCUUGGGCCAGUGCUCUAGAAAGAGGAUUGUCUGCAGAUACACCAUUGACGUCUGUUGUCCUCAAGAUUCAUAGGUCACUGGGUGUUAAAGCAAUAGGGGCUUUGAAAAGAGUUCUGUCCAACAGAUCUCUGGCCUCUCUUACCCUCAUCAUCUAUUGUGAGAUGCAGGAUUCACUAGCUACUUCUCUUGACAAAACACUUGUAGCAGAAUGCAUUUUAAAAUCCCUCACUCUGAUCAUUUAUGGGAGAGUAAGCUAUUCUGCUGCUAUCUACUUAGAAAGAGGUUUUCUGGAAAAUAGUGCUUUGAAAUUUUUGGAGGUGAAAGUGUUUGGAGAGCUUCCUGACAACUGGGUGAUCGUUGCUGAGAAAGUACUACAGGCCAAAAAGACAAAGAUGUCAGUUGCAUUUCAUCCAAAUAUCACUGGAACCAUAUCAAAGACACAGGUGGCUCGUCUUUGCCCUGGUUUUGAACUUCAGUCAUUAACUUUAAACCUUUGGGGCGAGUUGAGUUAUGCUGGGGCAGACACUCUCUGUAACCUCUUGCUAACAUCAUCAACUUCUUGUGUCACUUUGAACAUCCAUGGAAAAGUAACAAGAAGUGUCGCUGAAUGUCUUGUAAGUUACUUAAAGCCAUGCAAGACCCUGUCCUCUCUCAGUAUCAACAUUUGGGGAGAGCUAACCAGAGGUGGAAACAGUGCUCUUCAAGAGUUAACAUUUAAUGGCGAGUAUUUGUUUGCCUUUAAAGCCUGUAGUGUGGCCUCAGAUGCUUGGAUUUGUAAAGAUCCAAAUGACAGAAGCAAUGUUUCUUCAUCAGUUGAGCACAACUGCGCAAGCCUCAACAUCUUUAACCAGGAUUUCAACUGGGCACGCAAUCUUGAUUUCACUGUCGAUUUUGACAUGUCAUUAACCACACUACGUCUUCCACCAAACAACUACAGGGACCUGAGAGUAGACUGGGCACUUGUUCUGGGUGAUGUUUUGGCGAAAAACACGUCAUUAACUACACUACGUCUGAUACUCGACAACUGCCGUAACCUGAGUGGAGACUGGGCACAUGGUCUGGGUGAUGGUUCGGCGAAAAACACUUCAUUAACUACACUAAGUCUUACAUUCAACGACGGUUGUGACCUGAGUGAAGAC